AUGCCUCCAGUGUUCGACGUGGACAAGGUGCUCAAACAGCUUUUGGACGUACGAACGGAAAAAAACAAAAAGGUGAAACUCAGCGAUGAUGACAUCAAGAGUUUGUGCUUCAAAAGUCGUGAGAUAUUUCUCGCUCAGCCGAAUUUGUUGGAGUUGGAAUCACCUAUUAAAGUCGUAGGUUUAACAUGUGAUUUGCUAUGGUCUGAUCCUGAUAAAAACAUUCACGGCUGGGCUGAAAGUGAUAGAGGCAUCUCUUUCACUUUUGGUGAAGAUGUGCUUGCGAAGUUCCUGAAAAAGCACGAUUUUGAUUUAGUGCUACGCGCACAUCAAGUAGUUGAAGAUGGUUAUGAGUUUUUUGGAAAUCGAAAACUGGUUACACUCUUUUCAGCACCAAAUUAUUGUGAAUUUGAUAAUGCGGCUGCACUUCUGACGAUUGAUGAAGAGUUAAUGUGCACGUUUCAAAUAUUAACAAAAAGAGAAAAAACGAAGUAG